ACAUCUAGAAAGCAGUUAACUUCAGCUUGCUUUAGUUUUUCUGCUAGUACCUGCGCUUGACCUGCGCUCAUAAUUCUUUUCAUUUUCUUAUUCGAAUAAUAUAAUAAUAAAUAUUAACAGCAACAAUGCAGGUCAAUCUGUGGAAUUUUAUGGCCGUUUCUGUGAGGCCAAAUUGUAUGAAACGAGUUAUCAAUCCAGCAAUAUCAGCAGUACAACAACGAAGGUAUGCAAGUACAUUGGAUGCAGAUCUUGUUGUUAUUGGAGCAGGUCCAGGUGGUUAUGUAGCAGCAAUUAAAGCCGCUCAAUUGGGAAUGAAAACUGUUUGCGUGGAAAAAAAUCCAACUUUAGGUGGUACUUGUCUCAAUGUUGGUUGUAUACCAUCGAAAUCGUUACUCAACAAUUCUCAUUAUUAUCACAUGGCUCAUAGUGGUGAUUUAAAUCAAAGAGGUGUUAUUGUGGAUAAUGUUAAACUCGAUUUGGAUAAAUUAUUGCAACAAAAGGAUAAUGUUGUGAAAGCAUUGACCGGCGGUAUUGCUGGUUUAUUUAAGAAAAAUAAAGUCGAAUGGGUUAAGGGUCAUGGAAAGAUAACGGGAAAAAAUCAAGUUAGCUCAUUAAAUCCCGAUGGUUCAAUUGGCACUACAAUAAAUGCAAAAAAUAUUUUAAUUGCAACUGGAAGUGAAGUGACACCAUUUGCUGGUAUUGAUAUUGAUGAAAAAACCGUUGUUUCGUCAACUGGUGCACUAUCAUUGAAUCCAGUACCAAAAAGGCUUAUUGUCAUUGGAGCCGGUGUAAUUGGUCUUGAAUUAGGAUCAGUAUGGCAGAGAUUGGGUUCAGAGGUGACAGCUGUUGAAUUUAUGAGUACGAUAGGCGGAGCUGGAAUUGAUGGUGAAGUGAGCAAAACACUACAGAAAGUAUUAACAAAACAGGGAGUUAAUUUUAAAUUAGGAACAAAAGUAACAGGCGCUUCAAAAAGUGGUGGUGAAAUUCAAGUCACCGUUGAAGAUGUCAAAGAUUCUAGUAAAAAAGAAACAUUGGGCUGCGAUGUUUUAUUGGUUUGCGUUGGACGAAGACCAUAUACGGAAAAUUUGGGUCUCGAAGAAAUGGGUAUUGAACGAGAUGAAAAAGGACGAGUACCAGUUAAUAAUCGUUUCCAAACAGUUGUACCAAAUAUUUUUGCAAUUGGUGACUGUAUUCAUGGACCAAUGUUGGCGCACAAAGCUGAAGAUGAGGGUAUAAUCACAGUCGAAGGCAUUGCCGGAGGCGCUGUUCACAUAGACUAUAAUUGUGUACCAAGUGUUGUUUACACACAUCCCGAAGUGGGAUGGGUGGGAAAAACAGAAGAGGAUCUCAAGAAAGAAGGAAUCGAUUAUAAAGUUGGUAAAUUUCCAUUUAUGGCGAAUUCGAGAGCGAAAACAAAUUUAGAAACUGAGGGCUUUGUCAAAGUACUCGCUGACAAUAGUACGGAUAAAAUUCUUGGCGUUCAUAUGAUUGGACCCGUUGCUGGUGAAUUAAUUAAUGAAGCAGUACUUGCCAUGGAAUAUGGUGCGAGUGCAGAGGACGUUGCGAGAGUUUGUCACGCGCAUCCAACGUGUUCAGAGGCUUUAAGAGAAGCUCAUCUUGCUGCCUAUUUUGGCAAACCAAUCAACUUCUAGAAAGUAUUCAUCAAUUUAAAAAAAAAAAGGAAAAAAUACAGUGCUUUUUUUUUUUGAACACAAUCGUAGAUCCUUAUUGGAAACUACGCACUCUGAUCUAUCGUCGUACCAUCGCUAAUGUGCAUACUCCGAAUAAACUGUAAAUAAAUUGAAGAACCAUUGAUUUAAAAGGGGGAACACGAGCCCUUCUUUUUUUUAAUAGAUUUACCACGAAACUUAUAAAUAUUGUAUUUAUUUGAAAUAUACCAAAAUCCAUAUAUUGCGUUUUCGCGCGAAUAUGGGGCUGUGAAGAAACUA